AUGCUUUCAAAAUUCCGGCAAUUCUGGAUACUUCUCCAAAAAGAUGCGAUUCUUUUGCGAAGAAAUCGAUUGUGGACAUUUCUCGAAGUUGUUCUACCAUUCCUAUUUUUAGUGUUGCUGGUUUUUGUGAUCUAUGCGGUGGGUUCAAAUAUUUUUCUUCCUUCAGAUCUCUUUUUAGAUCUCCCCAGGUGAUCAAAUCCCAAGCCAAUCUGCGCGCAGUUUUGAACUUUUUGGUGGAAUCGAUGAUACUUUAGAACUACAAAAUCAUCGAUGGUGCAAACAAAGCAAACUCAAGUUAGCCUAUGUCACAAAAUCGAAAAAUCCCCAAAGAAUCCAAAGAAUCAUGGAAAACCUAGGAAAAAGAUAUAUCUAUGAUGUGAAUUUGACUUCAAUUCAAUUCCCCAACGAAGAAGAAAUGAUGAAAAAUCUGAAAAUGAAUCUAGCCGAUUAUUGUGCGAUUAAUGAUUUUGUUGGUGGAAUUGUUUUUGAUGAAACGAGAUUUGAAGAGAGGAGAAAAGUGCUGAAAUAUCGAUUUUUCAUGAGGAAUUACGAAGGGGAUCAAUGGAAUUUGAAUAGAAAUUGGAUUUUUCCCUAUGGCUGGGAAAAUGGGACAACUGAGAAUUUGUAUCCGAUCUAUUUAGAAUCUGGAUUCUUGUCACUUCAACACGCUUUAGAAUCAAGUUUCGUUGACGAAAAUCCACCGAACAACUUCACAAGAUCAAUGAAACCGAUAUCAUUCCACGCUUUCGACACACCUUCACAUCAACAAAAACUUUUCGCCACUUCCACCCUCUACAAUUUGCCCGCAAUUCUUCCGAUUGUGUUAUUCGUCAAUGUUUUGCAUAUCACGCGACAAAUUUCGGCGGAGAUAUCGGGUGUGAAACCGUUUUUGAGGGCGCUCGGAUUGUCGACACCCUGGUUUUAUUUCACACACAUUUUUGUGGGAUUCUUGAAGUUUUCUGUGGUUUUGGUGGCGAUGGCGCAAGUUUUGAUGAAUAUUCAGGUGAGAAAAACACUACGACACUCCGGGUUUACGGUGAUAAUUUUUGUGAAAACUGAUUUUUAGAUGUAAACCUGGAGCAUCGUAGUUCAAAUGUUUUUUUUUGUUGGAAAACUACGAUGCUCCGUGUUUACAAUGAUGAUUUUUGGGUGUAAACCUGGAGCAUCGUAGUUUUUCUCAAAUUUUCAGCAUCUAAACCGUCUCUUAUUCAUAAUUGUCAUCUCACUCUAUGGAAUCGGAUCCCUAACAUUCGGAGCUCUGAUCGCUUCACUUUUCAAAACCCCAAAUUCUGGAAUUAAAGCGAUUGUUAUAAUCUGGCCGAUAAUUUCAGCUUUAGGAGUUUUUAUAUCUAUCGAUGAUAGUUCUGAAUUCUUGAAGUGUUUCUAUUUUUCGCUGAAUUUCAAUGGAGCUUUUUAUAUUGCCAUUCACAGUAUUUUGAAGGUUAUAUAUCGAGGUAAAAAAUUUAUUUAGAAAAUUAAAAAAAAAAAAAAUUUCUUCAGAAAAACCCUACGGAUUUCUGAACCUGUUCGAUUCGAGUUCAGGAUUUCCACUUGGAUUUUCGAUUCUUAUGAUGAUGUUCGAUAUCAUUUGGAUGUUUUUGUUGACUUUGAUUCUGGACGCAGUUAGGAAUUCGGAGAUAAGUUUUUCGUGGAAGCGGGAGAAGGUUUGUCAUUAGACCUUGAAGUCCUCAGACCUUGAAAUUUCCAGAAACAAGCUGAAGUUCCUCUAGAUGUUUUUCUUCAAGGAUCUAACGAGCUUGAUCAAGCUAGAAUCGGAGCGAAUGCUGGAAUUUCGGUGAAAAAAUUGGUGAAAACUUGGUCGAAUGGUGAAAAAGGUGUGGAUGGAAUGAGUUUUGAAGCGAAAAUGGGGCAGGUUUCGGUGCUAUUGGGACAUAAUGGAGCGGGAAAAUCGACGACUUUUCAAAGUAUUGCAGGAAUUAUCAAACCUAGUUCAGGAAAAAUCUCGAUAAGUGGUGGAAAAGUGGGAUUUUGCCCCCAAUACAAUCCACUUUAUGAUAAUCUAACAAUCGAGGAACAUCUUUGGUUGGUUAAUGGACUUAAGGGAAAUCGAGAUAGUGGAAGAGGGUUUCAAGAGGAGAUGGUUGGAUUGUUGAGUGAUGUCAAAUUAUAUUCGAAGAAAUAUGAGAUUUCCAAGAAUUUAUCGGGAGGAAUGAAGCGGAAAUUAUGUGUUUGUAUGGCAUUGAUUGGAUCAUCUGAAGUUGUUUUAUUAGAUGAACCAACAGCUGGAAUGGAUCCUGGGGCGAGGAAAGAUGUUCAAGAUUUAUUGGAGAGGGAGAAACAAAAUCGGUAGGUCUAGAAAGAGGUGGGCGUUCUCGCGGAGCAUCGUAGACUUUUUGAUUGUUCACGACCAAAUUGCCCCUCGGGUCAGACGAGAGACGACGAGAGUCUGAUCAUCGCUUCGAGAUAUUUUUGAGAAAAUGUGUGUGCCUUUGAAAAAUACCGUAUUUUGUUUCAAGGAACACACACAUUUUAUUAAAAAUAUCUCUUGCGUCUGCUACGACACUCCGUGUUUACAAGGUACAUUUCUGAAUCUGGAGAGAAUUCUGGAGUUUCUAGAUUUUUGGAAAAUUUAAAUCGGACCAGUUUUUACCUCAGAAUCUCAACAAAAAAAAAUUUACUCAGAAAAAAAAAAAAAAAUUUACUCAGAAUCUGAAAAUCCAACUCUAAAAUCUUCUAGAACAAUAUUAUUAACAACACAUUAUAUGGAUGAAGCUGAAAGACUUGGUGAUUGGAUUCUUAUUAUGUCACAUGGAAAACUUGUUUCAUCUGGAACUCCGAAAUUCUUGAAACAAAAAUAUGGAACUGGUUAUUUACUAACUGUUGUUCUAGGCCAGAAAGGAAAUAAGGAUCGAAUGAGAAAAGUUCUGGAAGAAAUCUGCAAGUUUUAUAUUCCUGAAAGUUCAUGUGGUGAUCUACACGGUCAGCAACUUCAAAUAGUUCUUACGGAAUCCUGGAAAAACCAAUUUCCAAAUUUAUUCAAAGCCAUCGAAGCAAUUCAAGAAAAUGAUUUUGGAAAUGCAGUUUUUAGUGGGAUGCCUGUAUAUCUUUUGAAUGAAUUGAUUACCCUGGAUAUGACAAGUUUUGGAUUGUCUUUGAAUACUUUGGAACAAGUUUUUAUAACUAUUGGUGAAAAAGUUGAGGAAAUUAUAACAAGUCGGAAAAAUAUGAGUAUAAAGGAGGUUCAUGAGAAUUCCCAGAGUUCUGAGAAGUAUAAACGACUUAUGGAAAGUCAUGAAUGUGAGUUUAGGCGGAGCAUCGUUGUUUUUUCAAUUUUCACCUCUCAGAUCAACAAGCUUCUGGAUUCCACCUGAUCACUUCUCAAAUCACCGCAAUUUUCCGCAAAAAAUACCUCUAUCUUCGAAGAAAAUGGGCACAUCUAAUAGGCCAAAUCGUAUUGCCAAUUAUAAUUUUCGCGAUUCUCGGUACCCUGGAAACCUAUAAAAUGGGCGGCACAGAAAGUAGUCGAAGUCUCAGUUUGGAUCUUUUGACACCAACCAGUUUUAUAGUUGAUCAAUAUGGAGAAAAAUUUGCGGAAGCCUUGACUUUGCAGAAGAAAUCUGGUUUUGAGGAGAUUAAAUUCGAUGGGGAUGUGACGAAAUUUAUGAUCGAAACUUAUGGAAUGUUGCCAGCUGUUGGAUUUGGUUUCGGAAUUGAAGAAGAUGAUUUCGAACAUCCGGUGAUUUAUUAUAACUCGAGAAACAUACAUAUUCUACCAGCGUUGGUUAGCCUGAUUAACACUGCUAAAUAUUAUCCGAAUCAGGAAGAUGUCACAAUCGAAGCUCGCAUUCAUCUAUUCUCCCUCGGACACAGAGCUUUAGCUGUUGGAAGUGCAAGUGUCGCUGCAUCGUUUUUGAUUAUUCUGAUCUUGGCAAUAUUGAUCUCGAGUUUUGUGAUGUUUCAAAUUGAGGAGAGGGUUUCGAGGUUUGCACAUCAACAAUUUUUGAGCGGAAUUUCACCGAUCACUUUCUAUGGAGCAUCGUUGCUUUUUGAUUUUCUGAUGUUUUCGGGGGUUUGUCUGAUUUUUAUUGCGAUGUUUAUUUAUUGGAACUGGAUGGAGAAACAUCUAUUAACGUGAGUGGCAAAAUGAGAAACUACAACGCUCCGUGUUUACGCUAUGUUAAAAUUGGAACAAAAUGUUGAUCUUCGACAAAUAACAACUCCCGGGGUGUAAAUACGGAGUGUUGUAGUUAAACAACAGUUCUAAACGAUGCUCCGCAAAUUGAUUUUGUUCAUAAAGAGAUUUUGGUCAUCGAAGAAUAAAACACACCAGGGUGUAAACACGGAGUAUCGUAGUUAAACAGCAGUGUACACGACCAUACAAGGUGCUCGUUGAGUCAGACGUGAGAGUAUUUUGCAAAAAUAUCUCGAAAAUGUAUUUCGCUUCGAGAUAUUUUCAAUAAAACAUGUGUUCCUUGAAAAAAAAUACGGUAUUUUCUCAAAAAUAUCUCGAAGCGAUGUCUUUCUCUGUCACGUCAUCAGACUCUCGUCGUCUCGUCGUCUGACCCGAGGGGCAAUUUUCAAAGUUUUUGGGAUUUAGCUAGCCAGGAAUUUCCGGGGUGUAAACACGGAGUGUCGUAGUUUUUUUUUUUGCAGAGUCCUACUAUUCUGGAUGCUCUAUUUCUUCUCAUGCAUUCCCACAGUCUAUUCACUCUCACUACUUCUACAAUCACCAUCAAAAGCCAAUGUUUUCCUCGUAAUUUGGCAAAUCAUCAGUCCAGGCAUCGUCGGAAUCAUUGUACUUAUCAAAACUCAAAUAACACAUUCAGAAGACAAUUCAACGCUUCUCGAUGUUUGCUCAUUUUUCUUCCCGAGUUUCGCAUUUGGCAGAGCUAUUCUAAGGCUGAAUGAGAAUGUGAUGCUAAGCAAUCAAGAGUUGAUGAGUUGGGAUAACUUGGGGAAACUUGCGAUGUUUAUGGGUGGAUUUUCGAUGGUUACAUUGAUGUGUUUCGUUGGGUUGCAAUCCAGAGCAAUUCGAAAGUUCAUAGCAAAAACGUUUGUGAGAAAACAAGUCUCAAAAAGUACCCACCUGGAAGCAAUUGGUCUCCCAAAAUGCGUGAAAAUCCACGAAGAAGUUACAAAAGCCCGAACUGCAAAUGUGACAGAUUAUGCGAUGAUCAUCAAAGAUCUGACAAAACAAUAUGGGAAAUCAGCGGUUGUUGAUAAUCUAUGUUUGACUGUGGAGAAAGGAGAAUGUUUUGGAUUGUUAGGUAUAAAUGGAGCGGGGAAAACGAGUACUUUUAAUAUUUUGACGGGGGAGGGAUUUGCGACAAGUGGAGAAGCGAGGAUUGGAGGAAUUGAUGUGGCAGAUAGAAUUGUGAGGGAGUUUUUGAAAGGGGAAAUAAACUAGGUAAAUAAUGAAUGGGACCCCAAAUGGGACCCCAAAUAACUGAAUGGGACCCCGGUGUUUAAAAAUCGUCGUGAUGAAUGGGACCCCAAAAUAAUAAAAUGGGACCACAGCAUUUUUUUAAAUUGUCUGAAUGGGACGCCGCAAAAAAAGGGACCCCGUUAAAUUUUUGUGUUAGUACGAAUGGGACCCCCAUUGAAAUUUUUUCAGAAUGGGACCACAGGUAGGCUUAGACGUAUUCUCAGCACUGGGGUUAGGCUUAGGCUUAGUCAGGGUUUUAGGUUUUAGUUAGGAUUUCAGGCUUAGGCAUAGGCUUCAACUUUUGUAUCCCUUUCAGUAUAAAAUUUCAGUGGGGUCCCAUUCGUACUAAUAAAAAAUUUAACGGGGUCCCUUUUUUUGCGGGGUCCCAUUCAGGCAAAACAAAAAAUGCUGUGGUCCCAUUUUAUUAUUUUGGGGUCCCAUUCAUCACGACGAUUUUUAAACACCGGGGUCCCAUUCAGUCAUUUGGGGUCCCAUUUAUUAUUUGCCAAUAAACUAGGCUUCCGUAAUCAAUGUCUUUUUUUUAAAGCAAAUCGGAUAUUGUCCUCAAUUCGAUGCUCUACUUUUAGAUCUAACAGGCCGUGAAGUUUUGGAAAUCCUCGGACAAAUGCAUGGAUUUUUGAACUAUCGCGAUAAAGCAAACAUAAUUUUGGAUUGCGUUGGAAUGCAAAAACAAUCAAAUAAAUUAUGCAGAUAUUAUAGUGGAGGACAAAAACGAAAGAUCUCAAUUGGAAUCGCACUUUUAUCAACAAAUUCAAAUUCAAUGAUAAUAUUAGAUGAACCAACUGCUGGAAUUGAUCCAAAAGCGAGAAGAGAAAUAUGGGAAUUAUUGAUUUGGUCGAGACAACAACAAAAUGAUGGAAAUAGUGCAAUUAUGUUAACAUCACAUUCAAUGGAUGAAUGUGAAGCAUUAUGUUCGAGAAUUGCUGUAUUGAAUCAGGGAAAAUUGAUUGCUAUUGGAACUAGUCAAGAAUUAAAAUCAUUAUAUGGUAAUAAUUAUACAAUGACUCUAACUUUAAAUGAUUCAAAAGAUCGGGAAAAUAUUGUGAAUGCGAUUAAAAAUCAGAUUCCUGGUGCAAUUCUUCGAACUCCAGAAUCCAAUAAAACAUUGAAUAUAGUCUGGCUUAUCCCGAAAAAUCUCGAAGACAAAUGGUCGGAUAAAUUUGAAAUGGUACAAAAUCUAGCAAGACAAUUGAAUGUGAGGAAAUCAAUCAAUUAAAAAAAAAUUAAUUCAAAAUUAAUUCCAGGUCAAAGACUACAUUCUAGCACAAUCUUCGUUGGAAGAAACAUUCCUCAGAUUAGCCGGGGUGAAUCAAGAAAAUUUGGUUGAUGUUUGA